UUUCCAUGAAGUCAGGGGUAGCAGUGGUGGUUCAUUUCUGUGUUUGUUUCACUUCUGCAGAGCUGCUGCUGCUGCUGCAAGGGUUAGGGCCUGAUCGCAAGCAAGCAAUCGGCGCACGGAAAUCCAAGAGCAUUGGUAGUUGUGACAACACACUGCGACCCUGGAAGGAAGUGCUGUGGGGGCUUCACCUAUUACAGCAAAAUGGGUAGCUAGCAGUCGCCCAGGGGUGGCGCUCCCACACAGAGGUUGCAAGAUCAAAAAGGCGUUUACUUCAAGUGUGGAAAAGGUCAGCUAGUGAACAGCCUGGUAUAUAAGAACUGGUCAGACACUGUCACCUACUGGAGGAGCCUUUGAAAGGAAAGAGCCUAGAUCUGGGAUUGUUACAGCUGACCUGGAAAAGUUGGUCAGGAGACACGGACGUUUUGGUUCCCAGCCAGUUCUGUUCUGAGAGCAAAAAUGGAGAUGAUGGCCAUUCAGUAUCAACAUGUGGACCCAGAGAAGCAGAAGUCAGGGGAAAAAUUGAUUUGGCCGGAGACUCAAAGCACCAAGUCACCCAUCCAGCGAGAGGAAAGCGUUCUGUAUAAUGAACAGAAGGUUCCUGUGUGUACAUGUGGGACGGCCACUCGUCUCAAAGUCCUAGCUGGAAUCGCAGGCACAGCUGUGGCUAUAACUCUCAUCAUUUUAGCAGUGCUGACAACCAGAUCCCAUGUGACCAGUUCUCCUUCCCCUGCCGCCUCCUGUCCAGGCCCCUCCUGCCCAGGCAGCUGGAUUGGGUACCGAGGGAAAUGCUAUUAUUUCUCACAGAUGGAAGGGAAUUGGACCUACAGCCAGAGCCAGUGCUCAGCACUCAAUGCCUCCCUGGCUGUGAUUGACAGCGAGCAUGACCUGAUUUUCAUGCUGCGCUUUAAGGUCAGAAUGGAUCCAUGGAUCGGCCUCCGGAGGGAGCUCGGUCAGGGGUGGAAAUGGCCCAGUGGUUUGGAAUUCAACAACUCGUUUGUCAUUCGAGGGGAAUCUGAAUGUGCUUUCCUGAGUGAAGACACCAUCAGCUCUUCGAGAUGCUACAUUGAGCGAAACUGGAUCUGCAGCAAACCCGAUGCCUAUGCAAAGGGAACUGAUAUGAGAGGGGACUCGAGAGUCUAAAAGUUAAAAUUGCAGCUCUGCUUUGAAAUAAGAUUUUGAAAAAUGGCAUUGGAGGGGUGAUAAAUGAAGAGGGAUGAGAAAACUUCUUUACAAGGAACCACUGGUUCUUAGCAUCAGCUAGGGCUAAAAGGCACUAAAGCUCAUUAAAAGGGUUGGACAAAUAUUUUCCAUCAAAACUUUUUCUGGAUCGAAAACUAGAGGUUUUUAAAAAGCAGAAAAAAAUCACAAACAAUGUCUGCUUCCCAUCAAAAUUUGUUAUGGGUUUUUAAUUGAAAAGCUGAAAUUAGUCGGCCAAAACCUGAACAUGGUUUGGGGUUUCAGAA